AUGUCUUUUGAAGUGACUCAUAAGACGGAGGUGCGUCUGGUGUUUCUGGGAGCAGCUGGAGUUGGGAAGACAGCCCUCAUUCAGCGCUUCCUUAAAGACACUUUUGAGCCAAAGCACCGGCGCACAGUGGAGGAGCUCCACAGGAAAGAGUUUGAGGUUGGAGGGGUCAAGGUCACCAUCAACAUCAUGGACACAAGCGGCAGCUACUCCUUCCCCGCCAUGCGUAAACUUUCCAUCCAGAACAGCGACGCCUUUGCACUUGUCUACGCUGUGGACGACCCUGAGUCCCUGGAGGCGGUGAAGAGUCUGAGAGACGAGAUCUUGGAAGUGAAAGAGGACAAGUACACGCCUAUUGUCGUCAUAGGCAACAAGAUCGACCGCCACAAUGAGCGUCUGGUGUCCAGUGAGGAUGUCCUGUCCCAGGUGGAGCUCGACUGGAACAACAGCUUUCUAGAGUCAUCGGCCAAAGACAACGUGAACGUGCUGGAAGCGUUCAGGGAGCUGCUGCAGCAGGCCAAUCUACCAAGUUGGCUCAAUCCAGCGCUGUGCCGGAGGCGGGAAACUUUCCCCAAAGACGGCAGCAAACGACCGAUUAUGAACAAGACCAACAGCUGCCUCAUCUCGUAA